AUGGUUGCAGCCGGCACUAGCGCCGUACAGGACGAAUUGGCCCAGAUCACAAGUUUGAAAUCUAAGAAGGGCGAUUUCGAAUCCGCUGCCAAGGAAGCGGCUAACAUCGAGAAGGUAACAAAGGUGGGUUUUCGAAAUUUUUGUUACGUUUGAUU